AGAAAGUAGCUGAACAUAUAUUACAUUGUAAAAGAGUAGUUUCUUUUUUAUAUGUUGUUGGAAACUUGGAAUUGCAUUAUAUUGCAUGCAGCGUUGCCACGUUCGCCUUCUCGAUCCUCCACAAUCGCCGCGAAGAUCGCGGUGCAGUUACUACAUGUAUUCCGUACCCUUCACUUCUCUGCCGUUAUACGGAGAGAAAGCGGAGUACGUGCGUUGCUUAGCAGGUUUGCAUCGUAGAGAAUUGAAGACGUUACAACAACAACAACAACAAAAUGAGUUCUAAUUUGGAGACUCCUCGAUCGUUGCUGGAUGAGAUUCGGCACUUUGAACAGUGUGGAUUCCUUGAGCUCGGCCAUCCUCUCCUCAAUCGUGUCGCUGAAGCUUUCCUCAAAUCUGCUGGGAUUGGUGCGAUUCAAGCGGUGGCACGCGAAGCCUGUUCUUCAGCUGUUCUAGGUGGAUGCAAGAAUACUAGCGCCGUCCCACCGGAGACUAGUGGUACCAAGAAGCGUCAGCGCUUCCCAGAUCUUAAAGGGCAGAAUAACAGAAAGUCAGUUGAGGCAUUGAUAACGAACACUGGGAAGGAAUCUAUGCAAUGGGGAUUUGCUGCAGGAAUGUAUUCUGGUCUUACCUAUGGGCUGAAGGAGGCUCGAGGGGUACAUGAUUGGAAAAACAGCGCGCUGGCUGGCGCAGUUACAGGAGCGGCAUUGGCUCUGACCACAGAUGAUCAUUCUCACGAGCAGGUUGUGCAAUGUGCCAUAACAGGUGCUGCAAUCUCAACAGUAGCAAAUCUCCUCACCGGCGUAUUUUAGGCUAUCCCCCAUACACUCACUUGUUUGCUCUUCAUUUGUCAGAGCAUUAAAUAGACCAAGGAAUUGUACUAUGACCUUUUAUAUAUGAUGAGUAAGUAUUACAUAUAUGCAUGGUA